GAACAACGCGGACGGCCGAGAUUCUUAGAUCCCGAAUCUAAAAGCAAAAGCCAUGCUGAGGGCCUCGGCGGCGGCAGCUCGCCCCGUCGCCUACCCCGCCCAAUGCCGCCGUUCCCGCCUUAAUAUCCCCAUCGCGGUCCGGUGCUCCGCGGAGAGAUCGUCCUUAUCCUCCUCCUCCGCCGCCGCCGCCGUGCGGUGCUCCGCGUUGGAGUUAUCUGCCGCUGCUUCUCCGGCGACGGAGAAGGAGAAGGGGCUGGCUGAGAGAUUGAGGAUGGGGAGUUUGCUUGAGGAUGGGCUCUCGUAUAAGGAGAGCUUUAUUGUGAGGUGCUAUGAGGUUGGGAUUAACAAAACUGCCACUGUCGAGACCAUUGCCAAUCUCCUUCAGGAAGUCGGGUGCAACCAUGCUCAGAGUGUAGGAUUUUCCACUGAUGGGUUUGCCACAACCACUACCAUGAGAAAACUUCACCUUAUUUGGGUCACCUCUCGCAUGCAUAUUGAGAUAUAUAAGUAUCCAGCGUGGGGUGAUGUUGUUGAGAUUGAGACGUGGUGCCAAGCAGAAGGAAAGAUUGGAACCCGACGUGAUUGGAUACUUAAGGACUUGGCUACUGGUUCUGUGAUAGGGAGAGCUACUAGUAAAUGGGUGAUGAUGAAUCAAGACACUAGAAAGCUUCAGCGAGUAAGUGAUGAAGUAAGGGAAGAAUAUCUCGUCUUUUGUCCAAGAACUCCUAGAUUUGCCUUUCCGGAGGAGGAUAACAGCAGCCUGAAGAAAAUCCCCAAACUCAAAGAUCCUGCACAACAUUCAAGAUCAGGACUUGUGCCCAGGAGAGCAGAUUUUGAUAUGAACCAACAUGUAAACAAUGUCACUUACAUUGGCUGGGUUCUUGAAAGUAUGCCCCAAGAGAUCAUUGACACCCAUGAGCUACAAACAAUCACCUUAGACUACAGGAGGGAAUGCCAGCAUGAUGACAUGGUUGAUUCCCUUACUAGUUUGGAACUGGCAGGCGACAGUGAAGAACUUCUACGUUCUGAUGGCACCAAUGGCUCUGCCACUAUUAAGCACCAGGAUCAUGAUGGAUGCAAUUUUCUCCAUUUCUUGAGACUGUCAAACUCUGGGCUUGAAAUUAAUCGGGGUCGCACUGAGUGGAGGAAAUUACGUCGGUGAGGUAUUUUAUUAAAUUAUGUUCUUAAAAUUGUAUUGAACUUUUUUGUUCAGUUCUGUUUCUUUAUUUUUGUUGAGUAUGUAAUUUAGGAGGCUUGCCUCUCUGUUCCUGUGUUUUUGUUACUUUUGAUAAUGAAAAUUUUUAUAGGGUAAAAAACUUGUUAGUAGUUUUGAUUGAUAUUGCAGUCACUAUGAACUUACUACGUUGUACGUUGUGUGA